UUGUGUGAACGCCAGAGUAGAAGAAGCAUUUGUGUCUUUCCGAGUUUUUUACUUUUUCCAAUGGUUUUAAAAUUUGCUGCUAAUUUAAAUUUUCUCUUUACCGAAUGUUCUUCAAUUGCUGAAAGGAUAUAUAUGGCAAGGAGUGCUGGAUUUCGUGCCGUUGAAAUACCUUUUCCUCGCUGCGAAGAAAGUCAAGUGCUGGAAGCCAAAAAGCAAACGGGAGUGGAAAUAGCUCUUAUAAAUAUUGCGUUUGAUUCUGAUAGGCACAAAUUCGGUGAUGCGAGUAUUCCAGGAGAACAAGAGCUUUUCAAAAAGCACUUACGCGACACUAUAAAUAUAGCAAAACAACUGCAUUGUCCCAAAAUUCAUAUAAUGUCGGGCUUAAUGGAAGAUCAGUCGUUCGAGAAGCAUUUUUCAACAUAUCAAGAUAAUCUAAAGUAUGCGGUGAAAGAAUUAGAGCGAAAUGAGCUUGUGGGUCUGAUCGAACCGAUUAAUAAUUAUUCGGUGCCUUCGUACUUCAUGAACAAUUAUGAUACAGCCCGCGAGAUUUUGAACAACUUAAAUAAAAAGCAUUUAAGACUAAUGUUGGAUAUAUUUCAUUUGCAACAAAUUUGUGGUAAUGUUACGCACAUUCUGGCGGAGUUGAAAGACUUAAUCGGGCACAUUCAAAUCGCUCAAGUGCCAAAUCGCCAUGAGCCGGAUGUUAUUGGUGAAUUAAACUUUGAAUAUAUUUUCGCAUUAUUCGAGAAGGCGAACUACAAUGAUUGGAUCGGCUGUGAAUAUAAACCAAAAACCACUACAAUUGAAGGCUUAAAAUGGCUGCAAAAGUAUGGUCAUCAAUUGUAAGCUGAUUGCAACGAGUCUUGUA